AGUGAAUGUCUCUGUUGUCUUAUCAAGGAUCAACAUUACCACAUAAUGAGAUGUUUCAGAAAGCACCAUCUGUUUCCAUUCAGAAGCGUAAACGUAAGAACAAGACAUCAUUACAGAGGAACUCGAUCUACAAGAUUGGGCCGCCGUCAUGGAUAAAGAAACAGAUCAACACCAACACACUUGAAAAGCAUCUUGCUUUGGCAAAAGCUUUCUGUGAUGCUAUUGGGCUGCAGGAACCUUGCACAAUAACCCUGAGAACAUCAAGAACAGAUGGUACUAAAUCUUGGCUUGUGCAUGGACUCCCAUGCAAAACUAGCAGCUACCUGCUUGUGCAGGGUUGGAGGUAGUUCUGCCAGGAGAACCAUCUCAAGGAAGGGGAUACCUGCACCUUCAAUGUCAUCGAAACCACACUGUGGAAUGUACUUAUCACGCGUCAUAAGGAAAAGAUGAAUCAGUUCUGCACUCAGGAAACCUCUAAGAGCAAGAAAAACAAGUCAAAUGCUGAGGGACAAAAGAUGCUUCAAGGCUCCAUGAAUUAUUUGAACAAGGGUAGGACAAUAAGUGUCUUUGAGAUUGGGCCACCUGCUUGGAUAAAGAAGGAGAUCAAUGCCAGCACAAUUGAAAGUCACCUCAGUUUGCCACUGCCCUUCUGUCAGGCGAUUGGACUUAGACAACGCUGCAUGAUCACGCUCAAAACUUCUACCAGCAGCUCCAAGUCUUGGCAGGCUCGUCUAAACCUUUACCAGAAUGGCUGCCAGCUGGUUGGAGGCUGGAAGAGUUUCUGCCUUGAUAAUGGGAUCAGGGUGGGCGAUGUCUGCACCAUGCAAAUCAUAGAAACCACCCUGUGGAAUGUGAUGGUCGAUCGUCGAGAAGAUAGGACCAUCAAUCCGCCUCUCUGAUGGUCUGUUGUUUGAGAGCACUGGAUGCUACUGUUUGUUUCAUGGAAAGUUUGCCAGUUUGGGGGAGCUUUUGUUUGGGGUUUCAUUGGAGUACCCGACACUCCUAGAAGCUCUCUCCCAAACAGGCCUAAGUGCCGAGCUAAGUUAAGGCAUGCACCAGCAGUGUCCACUGGGGUUCCCUCUUGAAAGUGUAGAUCGAUGAGGCCAACUGCCAAAGUUGCAGUAGCCAUAACAACUGCAGGUCGAUCUGCUCAAGUUGCACUAACAAGUGAUAAGCAGUACUAGUAGUCCCAGCAAAAUAUGAAGACGAAAUUCCCUAUUUGACCACUCAUAUAAUGAGUGGUUCCUUUUUAGGCCCUCAAUUUUUUUUCUUAUUUGACGAGUUAAGUUUUUGUUCCUUUUA